CAGCACUUCUCAGCUAGGAGAGAGAUUCUCUAUUCUGCUGUAGCUUCCUUGCUUUGAGUAAAGCAGAGCUCGUGGCUGUAGUCAGAAGCACUCAAAUGAGCAUGUGGAAAAAUGGAAGCUCGUGAUAGAUCACUUCUUUUAAAGUGUGACCUACGCCAGGUGACCUGUUGGAGUGGUGCCUCUCUUUGCUGCUUUGUGGUGUAAAAGAAGCCUCUUUCCUGUUUGUUUUUCCUUUAGAAAUAUCAGUGCACCUGAAUCGCUCCAGUCACUGCAAUGAAUGGCCAGACUAUCCCAGCAAGCACUCCCGGGCGUUCCCAGGGCUGGAAUGAGUUCUGCGAACUGCACGCCAUCACCACGGCCAAGGAGCUCGCCAAGAAGUACCUGCUGUUUGCCACCGAGAACCCUCACCAUGACCUUCUGGCAGCCGAGAACUUCUCGGUGCAGUUCACAGACCUCUUCCAGCAGUACUUCUGCAACGAGGUGAAGGAAGGCGUCGCCAUGAACCAGUUCAGGGUCCUGCCCUGCAGCAGGGUGCGGGACUAUAGGGAGACCAGCAAGAGGCACGCGGACGCCUCUUCGGGGCCGGUCGCAGCCAAGGUGGACACGGAGCUGACUGCCCACUCUGAGUCCGACAGAGCUGCUGACACUAACGUCCGGGACCUGCCCAAGUCGUGGAGCUCUGAGGAGCUGAUGGGGGCAGCCUCCCCUCUGACCACCAGGAGACACUUCUCCCUCACCCAGCUGCGGAGGAGCUUGCACAAGUUCUUGCGCAGGGGAUCCUCCGAGGCCAUCCCAGGAGAGGGGGAGACGCCAGAUCCUGCUCUCAAGCCUGGGCUGGCCAAAAAGAUCCUGCCGUGGACCCUGUCCCGAGAUCAGGCUCACGAGGUGUGCAAGGAGGGUCUCUUAAAAUACAGCAUGGUAGAUGAAACCACCAUGGACAGUGGGACCCGCUGGCAGCGGUGCCGAUUGGUUCUACGGAAGGCAGGGACGUCAGACAAUGAGGAAUAUGUCUUGGAGCUGUUUGAUCCCCCCAAGUGCUCCAAACCCAAGCUGCUCACGACUUGCUCUGCCGUCCAAGAGAUCCGGAGAUGUACCCGCCUCGAGAUGCCAGACAACAUGAACACCUUUGUACUCAAGGUGAAUAACUGCACAGACAUUGUAUUCGAGGCUGGGGACGAGCAGCAGCUGAGUUCCUGGACAGCCGAAAUCAAGGAAUGUGUGACCCGAGGGUCCGGGGGAGCCGAUGUAGAGCUGCUCUCAGGCCAGCACUCUGACACCGUGACGUCCAGCCCUGCCACUGGCAGCACCGACUCCCUUACGCAAGGCGCUAUGCACUGUGGGCAGCCAGAGCCGUCCUGCCAGAAAACCGACCAGUUUCUCUCGUCCUACCCCUGGUUCCACGGCCCCAUUUCGCGUGUCAAGGCCGCCCAACUUGUGCAGCUGCGGGGGCUGGAAGGCCACGGGGUUUUCCUUGUUCGACAGAGCGAAACCCGCAGGGGCGAAUACGUCCUCACCUUCAAUUUCCAAGGAAGAGCGAAGCACCUGCGGCUCUCGCUGACCGAGCGGGGGCAGUGCCGGGUGCAGCACCUGCGCUUCCCCUCCAUCCUGGACAUGCUGCACCACUUCCAGCAGUGCCCCAUCCCUCUGGAGUGCGGCGCGGCCUGCAACGUCAAGCUCUCCAGCUACGUGGUGGUCAUCCCGUCGCCCCAAGGUUUGGGCUCAAGCAACACCAUCUUGCUCCCAUUCUCCGUCCCUAAUUGGAGCUCCGAACUCAACCUUACCCCCCUCAGUCCCUCCAGCUGCCCCCGGCUAGACAUGACAGACAACAUUCACCACAGUUCUCAGCCAGAACAGAUCUUCCACCUGGUGCCCUCUCCCGAAGAACUGGCCAACAGCCUCCGAGACAGCGAUGUGGCCGUCACGCACUCCAGCCGGCAGCGGGACUCUGACUACGAGCUGGAUUCCCCUGGCAGGGGCCACAUUCGGGCUAUUGACAAUCAAUACACACCACUCUGACACGAUGUGGGGGAGGGGUGGAAACCACGCACUUUGGCUUGGAGCCCUGUUAGAGAACUUCUGCUAUAGAUUUUGGGAAGCCUAUGAAAAGAAUGUAAUUUGGGAUUUAUUGUUUUUGGUAUGGGAGGGAGUAAGAUAUAUAAAUUGUUCACUCCACUAUGGGUGUGAUCCCUUUAUUAGGCCUGUUAAAGGGCCUGUUUUACAUAUUAAAGCUUUCUUAUGACUGUUUACACCUCGUUCCUGUUAACAUGCCAGGCUCUCUGCCCUUUAGGCUAAUAUCUCACUUAGUCUCUGUCACAGGUGCUUUUGGUCUUCGCUGCCCUUUUUGACAUGGACAGAGCCCAGAAAAGAAACCAGAAGGUUCCAUUACAGCCACAUAAUUGGACAAAAAUGGAUUUGAAGUUUGUGACAAGUUACUGAUCUGGGCUGUGCAUAAGCAAAGAAAAGUCACUUUGUGAUGGCCAAGGAAUGUGCUGCAGUUGCAUAAGUCAUAGUUCCAUAUUUCUAACAGAGCAGUAGCCUUAUCGCUAACCUAAGAGUUCAUUCAUUACUUUUGGAUAUGGAGAGUACAGGCUUUAACUUAACGCACGUUAGCAUUUAAAAAAACAAAACGAACAGUGGAGCCGUUGAAGUCACGGCUGCAGCCAUGGGCAAAGGAAAUGCUUAAUCUAUUAGUCACGAUUAAAAAGUGAACACUAACUUCCUCCUAUUAAUGUAGGCUUAACGUAACUGAUCAGAGGACAAAAGAGAAGACUGACAUCUUGUCAUAACCUUGGCGUAAAACUUCUUUCUGCUGUGGAAAUUUAGGCACAAGUCUAGAGUUCAGCAAAAGUUUUUUUCCAAAUAUGUUACUGCAGGUUGGUUCUUCAAAGCAGGAACGGUGUUGAUAACCAGCCACUGUUGCUUACAUUUAAAAAAAGCAACUCUUCAAAUACUAGAUCAUAUUUUGUUAAGUAAAGCUAGGGGAGUUGUAUUUGCAUGAGUGUCAUGGUUUUCCAGCCAGAUUGGGUGUAACCUUUUCUCCUCAAUAUUCCCCUUGCCUGUAGGUCUCAGCAAAAGCGCUGUCAAAAACCCAACAGUCAAAGUGAUUUUCCUAUUUAUGGAGAAGCAAUAUGAACCCCUUCGGUGGAACAAAGUUACCCAAAAGGGGGAUGCACUACUGACCCCCUUUCUUCUUGUACCUUAUUGUGACUAGGGUUAGACUUUGGCAUUUCCUCAGUUAGAAUUACAGUUACAGGAGGAGAUGUGACAUAUUUGCCUUUGUGCUUCUUUACUGAGAGACAGGUCUGUGCAGAGCUGUAUGUUAGGAGUUAAGAUUUAUAGAUUCACAAGCAAUAAAUCGGUAAUUUCACUAACCCCUAAAAUUGUCACUAGACCCAACCUCUUUUCAAGGUAAAGCACUUCAGUUACGCCAGAGUUGAGCCACACCAGCAGGGGCUCUAUGGUAGAAGAGACUCUCUGGAAUGUGGCUUAAGGGAGCAACGCUUAAAAAAGCAUAGAGCCAUUCAACUUAAAAAGCCCCUCUAAUGUCUGAAUUUUGUACACCCAGUAUGUGUCUUACAAUUACUGGAAAUUCGCAAAAGAUGCUGUUCCCUCUAGAUCACUUUCGUGCAUUUGACAGCACUUUGUCAAGUCAGUGUCUCCCUUCAUGGAAAGGCCCUUAAAUUCUGGCCAUAGAAUUAAGUUCUAUAUACAUAAAUGGGACCAAGAUUUCUGCACCACCAGAAACUGGAAUUCUGCCAUCUCUAUUUUUUAUGAACGGAAUUCAAGUGGCCAGUGCCCUUAUCCUCACCAAACACAUUUCUAAGGCACAAGCAGAUUGCAAGGGACAUGAAAACCAAGACAAUCUCAGCUUCAUCCCAGCUUUGCAAAAGAAGCUGCUGAAGCUCCCAUCAAUCUCUGUUCCCUUGUCCUAGGACAUCGCCGAGGCAAGGUAUUUCUCAAGCCCAAAGUGAUAGGCUAUAGUAUACUAGGGCUCCUUUACACUCCGUAAGCAGAGCUAUCCACAGGAUGGUUUCUGCCAAACAAUUCACUCCCCUCCAUCUCUGACAAACUGAGUCCACUUAUAAGCCCAUAGGGUAGCUUCUCAGUUGGAGUAAAUCGUCCAUUGCCCCUGGGUGACUUCAGCGGAGCUCUGACACGCCACCAGCCAAGGAUCUGCCCCUUGGACUUUUAAAAAAGAACGAGGUUCGAGAACUAAAUAGAAGAACAAUGUGGAAGAUGGCUACUUCUCUCUGCAACCUUUAGGAAGUGCUUGUUUUAUAGGCUAAACCUUGCUCCAAAGCCAUCAACAUGUCCCACUGACCAACCUGCACUUUUGGCAGGCAUGCUCAAAGUAUUCAUUCCAUGAUCAGAGCAAGGCAGGAGUGGCUGUGACAGAACGGGGUGUGAAGGCGGAAUGAUCAUCCCAGCUCUCAUACCUGUGGGUAAACAAAGCACCUAGGCUGCUUCUGGGUUGAGAUUUUUGGCCUGUCUUAUUGUUUAAGUGCCAGCAACCACACAUACACAUAUUUGGAAUUAUGUUGAAUUGCUAGGGCCAUCUUUCUGGACUAAAUGGAACUUGUUUUUCUUAUUUAAUACAAUAUACACCAAGUUUAUCAUCAUUCAUUUAGUGCUCCUGUGCAAACAAAUCCAAGCACGUGACUGUAAGUUCCUUCUCCUGGUACCUAGUUGGAAAGUUGUUUGAUUAUUCACCAAAUUGCAGAUGUUUCCUUCUAGAAUUUCACUGUCAAGUUAGCCAAAGCUAGGAAGAAGCUUGAUAAUCCAGACUGAAAGGCUGGCAGACCACUCCAGUUCACUGCUGAAGGGGAUUGUGUAUGGAAUCUGAAGAAUUGUACACCGAACGCUAACAAACAACAGACUGACUGUUCACCAUCUCCAGCCUUCCCCAGCAGUGUUCGACCCAUCUCAUUCCAUUCCUUCUCCAGCCAAAGGUCUACUUUCCCUAACUGGGCAAAUAUUCUUCCAGUCCUUCCCUGUGUUGCUCCAACAGAGCCUGUCAUCUCCCCCUCACUUUGGUGUUGGGGGUCCUAAAACCAAUUAUACAAUAAUUGCAGGGUCAGUUCUUUAAUCUAUUUUCCCAGGUCGUGGGAAGCCGAACUUCUCAGAAUUCCAUCCUUGCUAAAAGGUAGUUGGCUUGUGAUGCAUUUCAAAGUCUGACUUAGUCCUGGUAGUACAGAAGAGGAAGAGAAACUAUUUCAUAACUCACACAGUACACACAAUGCUCUAGUAGAAACCUGGGGACAAAAUGUUAAGCCCUUGCAACAUACACGACUUCGAAGUAAUUUUAUGGGACUUCUCUAAGAUGUUUUUGCCAAGUAACUAGUGAAGGUGUGUGGCAUGUUUCAACGUUGACUUUUAUUAUAAGAUUUUUUUAUAUUUAAAAGCACAUUAACAACAUCUUGUAGGCCAAGGAAUUAGCUGCAUUUAUGAAGCGUUCUCAAGACAGUUGCUUUCAAUAGUCACAGCCUUAGCAGGAUGGAAAGGCAAAGGGUGACACUGAACUUUUGCUUGUUUCACCUUAGCAGUUGAGCAGUUGCCUUCUCCCCUGGAAUUACCAGAUACUGGGGAACACUGCCAGCAAGCUGCCUGCUUUGACCUAGGUUCUCAGCCCUGCCAGAGUCUCAGGGUCCAGGGAAGGGGCACACAAAAUUAAAUAUGAUUGGUUCCAAAGUCUUACCUCUCAGGCUGACUGAUUGAAAACAGCUUGUCUAAGGGCUGGCACCGUAAAGGAGACCAGCAUUUCUGGUCUUCCACAGAAAUAACAGGUGGCUGGGCUAGUGAAACGUUGCUUUUUUCAUAGCAGCGUUAGGGCUGUGCUCCACAGUGAAGACGUAACAGUAUGUAGUGCCUCAGCUAGCGCAGCCUAUUGCCAGGCAGAAGCCUGGUUUAGCAGGUAACUGUGAUAGAGCCUACUGGCUGUGCCAAAACAGAAACAGCCCUCCCACCCCCAACUCUACACCCCCUUCUUCGUAUGGAAAGCCUUACUUGCUAUUUGCUGACAAACGGGCACUGCCUACAGACAACUCUUGAAUGUCCUCCUGGUAGACAGGCCAUGCAGGAGAAGUUUGUGUUAUCCCUAUGGAAGUACCAUUCCGGUCUAGGUCACUGAAUGGGCUAACUCCACAGGGAAAAGCUAACCCAGCGUGUAAGAACAGGGUACCUAAAACACCGACAGCAACCUCAUUGAUCCUUCUGCUUCAAGGCUGCAUUCCACAGUGAAGCUUUGAGGAAAAGGUCCAGGUCCAGGUCAGCAGAGGAAGCAUCAAAGCCAACGUCAUCAAAGAAUUAAAGCAGCCUAGUCUGUGCCACUGUGAUGCAAUAUUGACUGACUGUUGAUAUUCCUUGUACCACAGAAAACUCAGUUUAGAGCCAAUGUGGUUUUACUUUACUAUGCAUAUAAGGCCUUUCAGUCUUGACUGACAAGUUUGAGUACAAUAUUCCAUAUUUCAACGUACAAGCUUGUUGUAUGAGAACAGGAUGUUAUUUUAGCCAGCACAUGCCCACAGCGUAAGAGUUGAGAGUGCAUUCUAUCGUUCACUGCCUUUUUAUCCCAUAGGCAAAUUAAGGCCAACAAGGGUUUUGUUGGAAUCAAGUGCAUUUAUUUCAAAGCUCUACUUUUCAUCAACAGAAUUCUUGUAUAGUAGAUUUUCUAUGUAUUGUUUCUGUAUGUACUGUACAAGUAACUUAUUCUUGAAUAAUGCAAUUUUGUUAUAAUGUACAAAUCAGCUCAAAUAAAUUGUUUUUAGAAUCUG